CGACGCACCAGGAACACCUGUAGCUCACCUGCUCUCAGACAUCGGCCCUGGUUUUUCUGAUCCAGUUUUCAGACUGCACCUUUCUGGGUUUUCAGACUCAGAGAUGGGACUUUUGUCUGCGCUGACGUGCGGUCUGCUGCUGGCCGUUGGAACCGUCAUGGCUCAAAUGGAUGUUCGUAACACCAGUGAACGGCUGCUGCCUCAGUGGCUGACUGGCAUUAUCGCUGUCACCUGCUUCCUCAUCCUCACCUUCAUCGGCUUCUUGGUGAAGAAGAUGUGGUGUGAUAAGUCCAACGGGAAGAUGAACAGCGGGGACUCUGGAACUAUGGAAGACAAUGAAAUCUCCACCAGAAACGACUUGAGUCUGGAGGACCUCAGGAAGAAGAGGAACACAAAGGCAAAGGAAAAUGAAUACGCUUCGGGCAGCACUUACGACACAAAGCUGGACGUUAUCAGGGGGAACAACAGCGUGGAGGUGGAGAGAGAAAAUGAAUACGAGAUGGAAGACACCUAUGACACGAAUAUGAGCAUCAUCAGGAAGAGUAACAGAGUGGAGGCUAAGGAAGAGGAAGACCCAUCAAUGUACGCAACCAGUCUGGACUACAGGAGGAGUAAAAGAGUGGAGGCCAAGGAGGAGGAAGACCCCAAUUCAAUGUACGCAACCAGUAUGGACUUCAGGACGGGAGACAACAGGAACGCCUAUGAGAACCAGGCGAUGGACAGGUCUGAGGACAAAGCUACGCCCAUGUGACUGUCCUGCAGGAACAGGAAAAUAAACUACACAUGACAAAUUCAUCUUCACUGAUACAUUAAAUACAUUAUUUUUCUUACUGUUCUUGUAAAAUGCAGUAUGGUAAUCACAAAUGAGAAUUAAGUGUAAGAUAAUUUGUUUUUAGUUGUUGCCGAAUCUUCGCUAAGGUUUACUGUGAACCCUUAGCUGGUUAAUAAACAAUCGUUCUUGACAAGCUGCUGCUUCAGCACUCAUUACUGAUCAGUAAGCAACGAACUGCAAUCAAUAAUUAACAGUCACAUCUGAGUUUGCAGGAAACAAGAACAGGAAAAUGUCAGAAAACAGAAGAAGUGUGUUUUUUAUAACUUUUCCCAGGUUGCCGACUCGGAACAGUGGCUUCUCUAAUAUCCCUGCUGAUGUCUUUCUCUAUUUUCAUGUCAUGUUAACAUCUGCAAAAACAUCUGUUUUCAAAGAGGCUUACACCACAAAUAUGCUAAAAUGCUUCUUAACUUCUUAUGGAGAGAAAAAAUGUAUGUGAACCUUUAAAAAUGGAUCUGAUCCAUUUCUACUCAGCUGUUAAUUCUUUAUAUUAUAUAAAUGAUAGGAAAUUAGAACUAAUCAAUAUCCGAGCAAAAGGUUUUCAAACCUGGUUUUCACCAGGGAAAUAAGAAUAGUCACAGAACCUCAUCAUGUAAAUUAUAGCCACAAACUAAUGACUAAUUAAAGACAUGUUUGUUGGUCUGCAUGGUUCUGGUUUGGUCUAUAAGGGUUUGGGCUGGUCUGAUGUUUAGUGUGGUAUGGAAGCAAUUUUCAUGCAUUGCGAGCUUCAAUAAACAGAUUCACACACAGAAGUCGUGUUCACUGCGUGUAAUUUCACCACUCACAAACAAAUUUACUAUCCAUCCAUCUUCUUUCACUUCAUCCGAGGUUGGGUGAGCACAAAAGUCCAAUAAUAAAACACUGCUAGGGUUCAGAUCAGAGGGGCUGUCCCUCCAAUCACGCCCAGGUCUCACUGUCAUUGCCCAUGUUUAAAAUUCAUCAGUACAUACAGCACACAAAUACCCUGAUAUAUACGUAGAUUAGCCGACCGGCAUGACUGACUACACAUUCUAGCAGACUUUUGCUGGAAAGGUCUUAAAAUGAUCAGCAGAGGCUCCCGGCUCCUUCAGGUGAUCCCUGCCAGAACCUCCACUUUUACUGUAGCUGUCGUUUUGCACAAGCUGCUUAUCUGAGCUUCAUCCUUGGACCAGACCAAGCCACAAUCAGUCACAGUGGUCUGUUAUUGAAAUUAAUAACACAACUAAACAUGUUCUCUUCAAAAUAACAAUGAUUAUGUUCUGUUAGAGCUUAAUUCAGUGCUUAGUAAAAGUAAAGUGAUGACAGUCAUUGGCUGUCAAAACCAAAAAAUGUCCACGCCCCUAAUUGUACUUGCAUUUAUAGUAUGAUUUCAGUUGAGGUCCAUAACAUUUCCCUGUACCAUUUUCAUGGAUGUGAAAUUUAACUACAGAGACUAAAAAUGCUUUCUGUACCCGACUGUAAAUAUGUUUAUUUCUGCUGUAAAGUUGGACAUUUUAAUAUG